AUGGCUCCAAACACUUCCAGAAAGCAAAAGAUCACCAAGACCUUCACUGUUGACGUCGCUUCUCCAACUGAAAACGGUGUUUUCGACCCAGCUGCUUACGCCAAGUACUUGAUCGACCACAUCAAGGUUGAAGGUGUUGUCGGUAACUUGGGUAACGCCAUCACUGUUGAAGAAGAUGGUUCCGUUGUCACCAUUGUUUCUACUGCCAAGUUCUCCGGUAAGUACUUGAAGUACUUAACCAAGAAGUACUUGAAGAAGAACCAAUUGAGAGACUGGAUCAGAUUCGUCUCCACCAAGACCAACCAAUACAAGUUGUCCUUCUACCAAGUCACUCCAGAAGACGAAGAAGAAGACGAAGAAUAA